AUGGUCCGGGAUAUGAAGUUUAGGCCCUAUCAAAUCAUUAAGGCCCACCCCCUAGGCACGUACGUAUUAGCAGAACCUAGCGGCCGUGUCCUACGCAACCUGAUCUAUAGGAACCGCCUUAUUCAGGCCUAUAUCGACGACCCAAGCCAGUUAUAUAGCGAACCGCUAACUCUAGUGGGUUGGCCUCUUAUUGGAGCACCCCGACGCUGUGCGGGAGGUGAUCGACGCUAUAGAUACGGCGGCGGUACGGUAUUCGGAGUUGGCAUCGAUCCUACGGAAGAUGUGGGAUGA